ACGUUUAAUGAGCCCAUUUACGCUCUACAUUGGCCUACAUUACCUGGACGGGAAAAAAGUUAAUCGUUGUUACGUAUGCGCACAUCCAACCGAUGGACACAUUUCUAUGUUGUGCAUUAUUAAUGACCUUUUCUGAACGUCGAGGCAUCAGUGUUUUGACGGGAUAAAAGCGGCGUCUUCGUCGUUUGGCAAACCUCAUUGCAAAAAUUUUCUGGAUACUUUGCAACAAUGUUCUUCAACACCAGCGAUUCGCUUAAAGUUAGCGUGGUGCACAAUUUUUCCCUGGAAACACAAAACGCUUAUGAUCCGUCCUUAUGGCGCCGAAGCGUCCCAUGGUCUGGGAAUUUCACCUGGGCGCAACGUGAUCAAGCAAAUAUCAUGUCCAUCGUUUUAUAUCCGUUGUUAUUAACGGCUUGUACCAUCGGCAACGUGCUGAAUUUAAUUGUGCUGAUUUCCUCUAAGCGCCAGAAGACCACGAAUUCGUACAUGAUCGCUGUAGCCGUUGCUGAUAUAAUUGUACUGUGGAUGUUCGUUCCGCUAUACCUAUGGAACACCGGCGAGACCCUCAAUCUAACCUACAUUAACCCAGGAAAACCGGGUACUAGAAGGGAUGGGACUACAGUUAGAAGAAGUCCUCCACCAUGUCGGUCUAACACGCAUUGUGUGGAACGGGUUAACAAAAAAACUUUCUCUGUGGUGUCAGCAAUGCUGCCGUACACAAUAUUGACCCAAGAAACUUUCAUUCACGUGUGUGAUUGGGUGUUAAUUGCCUUUUCUCUGGAACGCUUGUUGGCCAUCGCAAGACCAUUCACCUUUAAAUGGGUGCAGCGUGCCACGACAGCGCGAACUGCCAUUUCAGUGCUGAUUCUGUUUUCCGCAGCCUUCAGUUCUGGCAAUUUUCUCAGUCAAUGGUAUCUGUGGCGCUACGAUCUGGAAACCGCGACAUUGCCGGUUUGGUUAAAGAACUGGACGAAGACACAAGAUGUCGCUGAGGUGGUCGUAUCUUUCCUGAAAUUCUUUGGACUCCUGUGCAUCAAUGUGCUCGUUAUCGGCGUUGUAAACCGUCAACAACGCUCCGAUAUCGGCCAGCAACGUGCAGCCCAAGACGUGAAUUCUGCCCAGCGUUCUAGGACCAGCAACCAGCUGCUGUUAGGCAGUGUGACCCUGUAUCUAAUUACUUUGUUCCCCAGCCUGGUCUACAAAUUCCUAGAGAUGGCCGACACGUACGCGGUCUACAACUUUGACCCUUCGGCCAAGUCGUUCGCAGCGCCGUUCUGCGACGUGACUAUGCUGACCAAUUACUCCGUUAACUUUUUCCUGUAUUUAACCGUCAGCGAGAAUUAUCGGGUGCAGUUCAUGCGGCUCUUCGGCGGAGUGAUGUGCCCGACGUGGUUGAAGAGGAACUGGAGCAAGUACGCGGAUAGCAGUUGGAACAACAGUCAUCAGAGGUCAUGGCUGCACGGGAACGUUAAAGAGAAACUGGAAUGUUGUUCCACUGUAAGAAGCUAA